AUGCCCAGAACCCCGAGGCCCGAGGGCCAGAACCCCAGCCAGAACACCAACAACGGCGAGAACGCCCCACGGCCAGCCGCAGAUCCAGAGAUCGUUCGCCUCGCAAACGUGCAAGCCCUUCCCGUCCCCGCCGCGUUCCCGGCGGUCGCUGCCGCCCGCGCCGCUCGCGCCGCUCGUCCUUUCCCGGUUCUCGGCGCUGUCGACCGCCCCCAAGUCCCGGCUAACGCCCUUCCUCUUGCGCCGGCCCCCGUCAUCCCUCUCGCCGCGUUCCCCGCCAUGGCCGACAUACAAGCUGCGGGGCUCCUCAUGCAGAUGGGCGCUCAAGCCAUGAGGCGUGAGGACCGCGAGGCCCGCCUCGAGCGCAAGGCGCGUGCCGACCGCGAGGUCCGCCUUGACCAGGAGUCGCGUGCCGACCGCGACGCGCGUGCGGAGCGUGAGGCCCGCCUCGAGCGUGAAGCCCGCCUCGAGCGUGAAGCCCGCCUCGAGCGUGAAGCCCGCCUCGAGCGUGAAGCCCGCCUCGACCGCGAGGCGCGCGCCGACCGCGAGGUCCGCCUUGCCCGCGAGGCCCGCGCCGAUCGCCUCGACCGCGCCGACCGCCUCGACCGUUGGGAGCGUCUUGACCGCGACCGUGGCAGGACCAUGAAGCGCAAGCGCGGUGACGACGUCGAGCUCCGUAACGCCAAGAAGCAGAGGAACCGCCCCAGCCAGCGCUCCAGAGACAGCACCCAGUCUCCCGGCCCGAGCCAGGGUGGCAACGAGGAGGACGAGGACGAGGACGAGGACGAGGAGGCCGAGGAGGGUGAUGCCGGCGCGUGA